GCGGUAGGCGGGGCACGUAGGGUAUCGUGGCGUGCAGUUGGAUGUAAUUUACGAGUAUAGCCGCAUGGGACGAGUUACGAAAAAAAUAGUGUUUAGUGAAGUCAAGCGUGAAGCACAGCGUCUCAAGAAAAAAAAGCCUGAGCAGUGUACAAUCAUCAAAAGAGGCCAUCAUGACUGACAGGAAGGCAGUAAUAAAGAACGCUGAUAUGUCAGAGGACAUGCAGCAGGAUGCAGUGGAUUGUGCCACACAGGCCAUGGAGAAGUACAACAUUGAAAAAGACAUUGCUGCAUAUAUCAAAAAGGAGUUCGAUAAGAAGUAUAAUCCGACAUGGCAUUGUAUUGUGGGACGGAACUUUGGCAGUUACGUGACGCAUGAAACAAAGCAUUUCAUUUACUUCUACUUGGGUCAAGUGGCCAUUCUGCUGUUCAAAUCAGGCUGAAGGAAACGCUGUUAUUCAUGAAAGCUGGAGGUCAGCUCCAAAUCUGGACUGUGAUGCACUGAUGGGUUGAGCCACACUCAAACCUCACACACACACACACACACAAAUUUAGAUAUAGAGGCUGUGCAUAAAUGCAUGGACCAUGUAUAAUAUUUAAUUUGUUAUUUGUAUAUGUUGCAAAACAGUAACUUUUGCUUUCUGUAGUUGCACGAGAUAAAGCAACAAGACCAUUUUUGUUAUUUUUUUUUCCAAGUCUAAAUAUGUUUUGCCCUGAAGUUGUACAAAAUGCUUUGACUGCUGCCUUUAAAUUACAUUAAAGAACGAUAUGUCAUACAUCAUGCAAGACGUUAUUCUUUUUACCCAAUUCAGUCACAUCCAUACGGGAUCUCUUAAAAGUCUGUAUAAGAGUUUGUUUGUUGUUUUGUAUUGUAACCCUAGUUAGAUGAUGUAAACUUUAUUUACUCUUUACAUUUAAUCAAUAAUGUAACAGUUGCUUCUUGCGAAGUGCAAAUUCCUCUGGAGAUGGAAGCACUUGCUGCAUGUAUAUUUUUGCUGAGGCAAGGAGUAUACUGGGUUAAAUUAAUAAUGAACAGACAUGUCUGGAAACACAGAGCCUUAAAGGGAUACAAUGCCUCUCAGAUUUCAAGGAUAAACAUUUACUAAAGGCUUUGAUGCAUUUUGAGUUUUUUGAGAACCAAAUAUCUGCACUGAUUUUCUUUAGCUUUGCCUAGGACAUGCACUAAUGAACAAUGAGCACCCAUAAUUGGAAUGGAUACUGUCAUGAGCUUAUUACUCAGCAAAUAUUACAAGGAAUGCUAGAAAGUCAACCAAGGGCCCCACUUCUGAUGAGAAACUUUCAGAUUGCCUUGUCAUGUGCUCUCAUGGAUAUACUUGUACUUUCAAAUGUUCAACAUCGCUUUGUUGUCCUGAUGAAUACCUUGGCAAUAACAUGUAACGUUACUAUUAAUCUGUAUGCAGUUGACACACAAUUUGGAAAAGCUAGUAGAGAUGUUCACAAGUCUCUGAUGCAGAGUCCAUUUCAAGGGCAAGUUUGGGUAAAGUCUCGGAUCUGAAGUCUUUUUUUCCACAAGUUAAAGUGAAGUCUUAAAUGUCUUUGGUAAGAAAUGUUGAAUCCGUUUACGGGGGUUUUAAAACAUGAGCGUAUUAUGUUCUGUAAAGCUGCUUAAGAAAUGAUGAGUAUUGUGAAAAUGCUAUACAAAUAAAAAUUACUUG